AUGCUCCAGAAGUUCAUUUUGGAAGUGGAACUAUUUGACAUAUGGGGGAUUGACUUCAUGGGCACUUUCCCUCCAUCCUACAUAUUCAAAUACAACCUGGUGGCAGUAGAAUAUGUUUCAAAAUGGGUGGAGACAAUAGCCACCACUACAUGUGAUGCUAAUGUGGUUCUGCAGUUUCUAAGAAGGAACAUCUUCACUAGGUUUGGAGUACCAAAAGGACUUAUAAGUGAUGGUGGGAGCCAUUUCUGCAACAAACAUCUGAACACUCUCCUUCAUAAAUAUGGAGUGACUAAUAAGGUGGCUACACCUUACCACCCACAGACAAAUGGCCAAGAUGAGCUUGCAAACAGAGAGCUAAAAAGAAUUUUGGAGAAAAUUGGUAAAGCCUGCCAUCUUCCUGUAGAGCUUGAACAUAAAGCUUUCUUUGAUACAAAACUCCUUAAUCUGGAUGCUCAUGCAGCCGGAGAGAAGAGAUUAUUGCAGCUCAAUGAGUUAGAAGAGUUCAGACUUGAGGCAUAUGAGAAUGCUAGAAUAUACAAGGAAAUAGCAAAGAAGUGGCAUGACAAGAGGAUUGCACCCAGGACAUUUGAACCAGGCCAAAGAGUUUUACUUUUCAAUUCAAGAUUUAAGAUUUUUCCUGGGAAGCUUAGAUCCAAGUGGACUGGCCCAUAUACCAUCACCAGAGUAUCUCCUCAUGGUUACUUAGAACUACUUGAUGAAUCCUCAAAAGAAACAUUCACAGUUAAUGGUCAUAGGGUAAAGCUCUACCUUGGUGGUCCAUGGAUCAAGGAAGAAAGUGUACAUAUGCUGACAUGA